UUUCCACCACUUGGCACAGUAACGAUGACGAUGUGUACCGGGCCCCUCCGAUCGACCGCUCCCUCCUGCCCACCGCCCCGCGGGCUGCUCGGGAACCCAACAUAGACAGAAGCCGUCUCCCCAAAUCCCCCCCCUACACCGCUUUUUUGGGAAACCUGCCCUAUGACGUGACGGAAGAAUCCAUCAAGGAUUUCUUCAGAGGACUCAAUAUAAGCGCUGUACGUUUGCCGCGGGAGCCUACCACUCCGGAGACGUUGAAAGGUUUUGGUUACGCCGAAUUUGAAGACAUAGACUCCUUGUUCCAGGCUCUCAGCCUCAAUGAAGAGUCUCUAGGGAACAGAAGGAUACGAGUGGAUGUUGCCGAUCAAGCUCAGGAUAAAGAUCGGGACGAUCGCUGCUUUGGCAGAGAUCGGGAUCGCUUCCGUGACUCGGAGAGGUUCGAGAGCGACUGGAGGGCCCGUCCUGCCGCCACCGAGAGCUUUGACGAUUACCCACCCCGCAGGGGCGACGACAGCUUCGGAGACAGUGAGUUGGCAGAACAAAAAAGGGCGUUCGUUCCGUCGCCGUCCUGAAACGGCGGCUGAGGGGAUCGGGAGAACGACGGAGCCAGGCUGGACUGGUACCGACUGGGAAGGUUUUCCUUUCCCCCUGCAGGCUACGAUUCCAGGAUAGGCAGCGGCAGGAGAGCGUUUGGCAGCGGCUAUCGCCGGGAUGACGAUUACCGAGGAUGCGGCGACCGCUACGAAGACCGCUACGACCGGCGGGAUGACCGGAUGGAUCGGUGGAACGGCCGGGAUGAUUUCCGCCGGGAGGACAGAG